UUUGCAACGGUUUCUUCCAUCAAAGCGGCUUAUGCACAGUUACAGCAUUGUCAGUCUCCGUAUGACUCAAUCGGGAUUCAAAAAUCAGACAACUUGGUAGUCGCAGAGCUUAAGACAUUGUCUGAGCUGAAACAAUGUUUCUUGAAGAAACAAGUGGAUCCAAAUCCUGAAAGAACUCUGGUUCUCGCGGAGAUUCAAGAGCUGAGGAGUUUAUUGAAAACGUAUGAGAUCAUGGGGAAG